GGGAGGAGAGUCUCCAUACCCGGAAGUAGAAAGUAUUGAGUUUCCCUAUUUAUAAGCGUUAAAAUAAAAGGUUAUUGAAGCGGAACAGCUCCAGAGUUUCCGCCCUAGAUGUUUAUAUCUCUGGAUCAAGGAAAAAUGCAAAACAGCUUGUCCAUCUCUGACAGAGAUGGUUCUUCAUUUGUUCCCUUGGUGGUGCUGGAGCUGGCCGUGAACACUGAAGCCCAGGCCAUCACAUGGUUAUUAAGCAGAAUAAGAGACAAACAGCACAAUGGAGGAGCUGAGCUGCUGGUAGAGCCUCUGCCACUUGCAGCGCAGGAAAAGCAAACAGAGAAUCCUAAUAUUUUUCUUGUGGGCUCCACCUGGCAGAGACUCCUGAAUGGAGCAGAAGAUUUGGGACUUUUUAAGGAGUUCCAUGAUGGCACCAUGCGAGGAUUCACUAAUGCAAACCGAGACAGUUUUAAAGAAUUUCACGGGGAUGGUGAUGGCUUCCUCAGCAUUGCAGAAUGUCAGUACAUUAUCAAACACGAGCUGGAAUCUUUGAGGGCAAGAGAUGAAUCCAAUGUUCCUGGAUACCCUAAACUUAGGCUUUACCCUGGAAAGUCAGUCAUCCGUAGGUUACAGUCCAAAGGGAUUCUAGUCCAAUAUUUUCCUCUGCAUGAUAAAGGAGAGUUAAAGAGGCUCUCUUCUGAUUGGUACAAAAAGAUCAAGCUGUCCUUUCAGCCACUGGAUGAUAUCAGGCAUUAUUUUGGUGAAGGUUUGGCGCUCUACUUUGGUUUUCUUGAGUACUUCACAUUUGCUCUGGUGCCAAUGGCCCUGAUUGGCAUCCCUUACUACCUCUUUGAUUGGGAGGACUAUGAUAAAUAUGUUCUCUUUGCUGUCUUGAACCUGGUCUGGUCCACUGUCUUUCUGGAGGUGUGGAAGAGAUGUAGUGCACAGCUGGCUUAUGGAUGGGGAACGCUGAGUCGCAAGAAAGCAUUUGAAGAACCACGACCUGGAUUUCAUGGUGUUUUGGGGCUUAAUCCUGUAACAGGGCGCGAGGAGCCAACUUACUCUCACACCAAACGGCAGUUGAGGAUAUAUCUGGUGUCUCUCCCCUUUGUGUUACUGUGCCUGUACAUCUCUCUACAUGUGAUGAUGAUCUACUUUAGCGCAGAGAGCUGGGCACUGAGUAUUUAUAAUGAAGAUCCAAACCUUCUGACAAGUUUGCUGCUCUUCAUACCAAGUAUCAUCUAUGCAGUGGUCAUUGAGCUCAUGAACCUGUUAUACCGCUACGCAGCCGAGUUUCUAACAGACUGGGAAAACCACAGGCUGGAAUCAUCCUUCCAGAAUCAUCUGGUCCUUAAAGUAUUGGUGUUCAACUUUGUCAACUGUUUUGCUUCUUUAUUCUACAUUGCCUUUGUAAUGCAAGACAUGGCACUGCUUCGACACAGUUUAGCCACUCUGCUCAUCACUUCUCAAAUACUGAACCAAGUGAUGGAAGCCUUCCUGCCAUACUGGCUGCAGAGGAGACGUAAUAAGAAGGUCCAUAAGAGAGUGAGGAGGAUGAUGGGAGAUCAGGAGCUCCCCAUGGUGGAGCAGGUUCAGCUGGAGCGUGACAUGAAUACGUACCUGGGCACAUUUGAUGACUAUCUGGAGCAGUUCUUACUGUAUGGUUACGUCAGUCUGUUCUCCUGUGUGUAUCCUCUGGCUGCUGUGCUGGUGGUUCUCAAUAACAUCACAGAGGUUUAUACAGACGCCUUUAAAAUGUGUCACGUGUUCAAGCGGCCAUUCUCUGAGCCUGUGUCUGACAUCGGAGUAUGGCAGCUGGCGUUCGAGACGAUGAGCGUGAUUGCUGUGUUCACCAACUGUGCCUUGAUCGGUCUGUCUCCUCAAGUACAGGCCUACUUUCCUGAGGCAGACACACAGCUUAUCCUCACUGUAGUGGCUGUUGAGCAUGUCCUCCUGGCCUUCAAGUUUAUCCUGGCCUUCAUUAUUCCAGACGUGCCCAAGCCCAUUCGGAUCAAGCUUGACAAGCUGGAGUUUGAGUCUCUGGAAGCUCUGAAGAAAAAGAAAGCUCUUACUCGAAAAUGCUGGAGGCAACAGAGAUAUCCAAGACCAAAAUGUAAAGAUGAGCAAUGAGGUCAACUGUGGCACAGCUUCUGAUGAAGAUCUGAAUCUGCCUCAGGUGUUUACAUACUGUGUAUCCAAUCAAGCAUUAUACAUCACCUACCAUGAAUAUGCACUCCUGAAAAAGUUCAUGAACACUGCUGACUGCAAGCUGCAUCUCAAAUACUGCAUGUUAGCCAGAGCAACCUCAUCUGAACUUUUAAUUAGGAUUUGGUUCCUAUUUUGGGGGGUUUUUAUUAAAUGUUUAUCAUACUAUCGGGCUUUAAUUGCAAUCAUUGUGUGUGGAAUUGGGUUAGAAAUAAUCUAAAAAACGGUUGUUCUGUGAUGCUGUUGUGUAAACUGUACUGAGCAUGAAUUGCAGUAGUGGAAAGCAGGUGUGUACAAGUGUCUGGGCCACUACAAGAUUUAUACACUCAUUGUUGGAAAAUAUGUAAGACGCUAAAAAUAAUGACAGAUUUUUGUACCGGAUCAAAGAUUUUUCUCAGAAGGCUUCUGUUUUUAUUUGUGUUUCUUCCAAGAAUGUUGAAUUGAAGCUAAACUUUCUGCAUAAAAGGCAGCACCUAUACAGUGUUUACAUCAAGGGGAUAAAUCUAGGAUUUACAGACUAGUAGAAAAUCUUAAAAGAUACAAUUUGGAAACCACUGCGAUGUUCAUGGUGGUGUAAACUGACCUGAUCAUUAUUCCCUAUUGUGGCCCAGGCAUAAGCAGUUCUGACAUGUUCACAACAGGAUGAAUGAUUUUUAUUUUUUUUUCCUUGGCAAUAUGCACAUUUAUUCUCCCACACACUCCUGUUUAACCAAAGACUAAGCAGUGCCUUUAAUUACCAUUAUAUCAGUUACUCACAUUACUGAUGAGUGCACUGUACUUGAACCACUAUAACCAGAAAAUAAAUAUUAAAACUA